UAAAAUUUGUUAUGGAGGAAGAUUUGCACUCCUUUGGGAGAAGGUUUUGUCGACUGAUGAGAGCGAACAAGAACUUUCUGCCCCCCCCCGCGAACAGCAUUCAUGGAAGGUGCUGGCAGCUCUCUGAAUUUUUGGAGGAGCAGGGAGACUGGUGAAGGUCCAGGGAUCUGAUGGGAAAGGUUGUUCCUGUCUGCAGAAGACUGAACGCUGGGGCCAGAAGUGGGAUCAUGGCUCGCAUGACUGAGAGCUCCAGCGGGAACCCCUCCCCCACAGGCGCUUUGGCCGAGCAGAAGGAGACCCCCCCUGUGGAUGCAGAGCUUUAUCCUGACCGGCAGGAAGAAGGGUCUCCUGUGUCGGAGUGUGUGGACCUCCCGGUGAGUGAGGAGGAGCAGGUCGGAGCCGGAGCCAGAGCCACAGUUGGUGUGGAGAAAAGAAACACUUCUUGCCCUGAAAUACUGUGUGAAGACAAAGCUGAUGUCCCUUGGGCUCAGAGCUCCUUAACCAAGUCUCUGCAGAAGGCCGAAACCCUCUUGAGGAAUAGGCUGAACCCGGGCCUCAAGUGGCUGCUCCGGCAGAAAUCUGACUAUGGAAACAUGGAUAUGGAGAACGAGGACACCUUUGUGGCCGGCCAGAAUCUGACCACGCGAUCGUCACGCCGGCUUCAGCACGUGGAGCAUUGCAUGCUGGAACUGAGCCGUCAGUUCCAGGUGCUGCAGGAGUCCGAAGGUGCAGGGUCACGUGGCUCCAUCAAGUGUUUCUCUUUGGACAGUGAGUUUUGCCACCAUCCAGCAGCUGCCGCUAUACGUCAGCACUAUGGGACGCUCCACCAUUUGCUGGAGGAGAGAGCCCAGCUCCUCGUUCUGCACGAAUACACGCGUCGCUCCAUGGUGGCUUCUUCAUUCGUGGCAAACCUGGCUGCCUUGCUGGAGGGGGAGGGUUUUUCGCUCGCCGUUGGUGCUGAAGGAGCAGAGCAGCCAGCCUCCAUUUGGCAGUAUGGCAUCAGCGCCCUGUGCAUGGAGCUGCGCGUCCAUCUCAACCACUGGAACUGCCUGUGUGCCAAAGCCCGCGCGGAGAAAUGGUUGAGGGGUGUUCUCUUCCGCCGAGCUCACACCUUCCAUGCCAUGAAGCAGCACCUCUGUGUGCUGGGACUGCAGGCGCUAGCGCUGAUGGAGCGGUACAUUUCACAGGCUCUCUGUGUCCUUGCCCUCGCUGACCCCAGCUGUGUGCCUAAAGAGGCCCUAGAGGACCUGCUGGCAGGGACAAAGGCCUUCAACCAUGUUGUGACUGAACAGAGGCUCCAGAUGAGGGGCUGUCAGAUGAUCGAUCUUCCCAAACCACUUCCAGUGUCCAGGCUGCUGGAGAUUCUGGCCAAGCACAGGGGCCGGAUGGCAGCUGAGCAGCUGCACCGUUGCUUGGCUGAUAAGAGCUUCACCUCUGUAUCCAGCCACGAUGUCCCUUGGAGCCAGAGGUGGAACUGUACCAACACAUUGGCUCUGCAGCCUGCCUUUCCGCCGGGAAACGAGACCCCCGGUGUCGGUCCAUCUCAGCCGAAGGUAAGCAGUCGUCCAGUGGCUGCAUUUGCUGCUCUUCCCUUGGAAGCUUUUAUCAAGUUGGACAUGGACUUCAGAGGGAAGCUUCUUCAGGCCCUGGUCUCUUCCACUGAGUUGUUUGUGCCUCAUGUUACAAACAGGCCAAAGUCAGACCAUGUAAAUGCUGUAAGCUGCUCUUUUGACGACGGUCCCGGAAGCGAUGGUCUAAAGGCCCAUGAGGAAGAUGGGGAGGCCAUAGACACCAGAGUAUGGAAGUUUGUCCAGUGGCGGGACAUUGGGAGAAUGGAUUCUUCUGUGGCUCUCAUAAACCAGUAUGGACAUAUGCUGUGGCGAGAGUUCAGGAGAGCCCUCUUGACCCUCUUCUUCUGCCCAUGGAGCAGUGUGUUUGUGGGAAACCUGAAUCUCUUUAAGGAUCACAUGGCCUUCCUUGUGGUUCAAGAGCUCUACAGCAGCUGCAGAACAGAAAGAAUCCCUGCUGAGUGUGCGAGAGUAAUAAAUGAUAUCUGCGCAGAAAUAGUGACCAAGACUGCCUUUGUACACUGGGAUGAAGUGAUGUGUGCAUCUCUGGGGACAGGACAGAAGGACCGAUGCCUUCCUCACCCUGGCUCUGCAGUGAGGACCUUCACCAUGGAGCUGUACCUCCAGCUCUUCCAUCCCUUACACACAGUCAUUAGUUGCCUGGACCCAAGCUGUGGCCUGGAGCUCAGAGAUGCCAGGACCCUGCGGUUGCUCCAGUUGGGGUUGCUCGGCAGAUCGGUUUCCACCAUCCACUCAUCCACCUUCUGGCUCAAGAGCAAAGCUUAUCAGUUCCUUUCGUCUUGGUCCCUUAAUAAGUUCCUGCUGGUGACACAAGGAGAUCUCAAGGUGCUGAAGGCAGCUGUGGAGGGCCUGGUGCAGCAAGUAGAGGUGGUCCAUGUGGACCAUGACGGAGAUCAGUCCCUUGUCAAGCGGCAGGUAGCGCAGCUCCACCAAGGGGCUGAACACUUACAGGCCUUCUCUGAUUGUGUCCUUAAAACCUUCUCUGUGGACUGCAAGAAAAUGGCAGGGCAAAUUUUUGAGCAAACCAUGCCAUCGGGUAAACACUGGAGAGUGAACUGCAAAACAGAGUUACCAAGCACUCCCAGCGAGUACGCGGUCUCGGCGGCUCACAGCGUCAUCGGCCAGGUACUGGAAGGGGUGCAGCCACUGCCAGAUGAGGCUCGUGUCCCUGCUCUGAGCAAGGCCAUGACAGCCUUCAUGGAGGCCUGGAUGGAGCACAUACUCAAGCGAAAGAUCAAGUUCAGUGUGCAGGGGGCGCUGCAGCUCAAGCAGGACUUCGACCUGAUCCGCGACCUGAUCCGCUCCGAGGAGUACAGCUUGUCUGAAGAGGUGCACCAGCAUCUGCUGUCUCUACAUGUCUUCCACCAGGUGGACAGCGCCAUCGUGAGUCUUCUGCAACAGCCCGUGGCCAAGCCCUACGUGGCGCCCCAUGGCUGGGAGCCCUUCCGCCGCUGCUGUCCAAACAGCAGUCACCCCAUCGACCCGGGGACCGGCAGCCUGAACAGCCUCGAGAGCAUGGACAUCCAGGCGGCCCGCAACCAGGCACUAAUGGAGGCAGAGGGCUCUCUGGCACCCAGACUGCUCAGCAGCUCACCUCCCGAGUCAUACCUGGCCAUCUCGCAGCAGGAGUGGCUGGCUUUGCGCCUCAACAGCGGCUCUCGCUGGAGGAUCCCCGGGCUGCACUGCAUGAACAAGUCCGAGCACUGACCCGACCCGCGUCUUUCGCCAGGCCUUCACGUUACGGCUCUCGCGACGCCAGCAGAGGGACAGCCACUGAUGUUUCCCCCUUAAACAUUGCGAUGGUGUUAAAUUGCAGGAGUGGGACUGUCUUUAAUGCACGUUUCGUUUUGCUGGAAUCUGAAACCAGCAUCAGAUUCAUUGACUUCACCUUGGGGAAACCUGGUAUCAACGUUAUAAUUUGUCAGUAUGAAUUAAGACUUCAUACAAAUGUGACAGUAUCAUUUAUGUUUUAAUUCUGGUGAUGUGAGUACCUUGUAAACUUGUAUAACUGAAGCCUAGUUAAUGUGAAAGAAAUUUAAAUUAUGCAAUUAAGUGUUUUUUUUUUUUUUUUUUCUUCCUUCCCCCCUCCCCAAUUACAAAACCAGGUGGAACCCUGAUUUCUUAUAAGGAUUUGAAUGUGGCAAAUACUAUAGUUAUUGCUGGAAGUGUAGUGGUUAGAGCUGCUGCCUUUGGACCU